AUGAAGAGUUGUAAAAAUCUCAACGCUGAGUUACCUAAUUGUCUUUUAUCAGUGAUCUUUUCCAAGUUAACUUUGAAGGAUUUGGUUAAAACUAGCGCAUUGUCGAAACACUGGCGACAUGAAUUGGGAUUCACGAUGAAGAAUAUUAAGGAUCUCAAUUUUGAUACAUAUAACACGUUUGAUUAUAAUCAGCUUCAAGAGUCACAAGAACAAGUUCAACUACAGACUCAUUCUCAAUUUGCCACAGGAAUGGAACAAAUAAUGUUAUACUAUGAAGAUGCUAUGAUUAAUUCUGUUCGAGUAAAAUUUCCAUUGGGUGAACAACAUAGUGAUGUCAUUGAUAAAUUGAUUUCUCAAGGAGUUGCUAACGGCGUCAAACGUAUUGAACUCUUGUUUUCGCAUGGAACUAAUGAUAUUGAUUUAAUUUUGGAAAUAAAGCCUUAUAUAUUUUCCUUUAGUCUUUUAUUUAACACUGAUUCUCUAAUGUAUCUACAUCUAGAGAAUUGCUUUCUAGUAGCACCUAUGGGAUUCUCUGGAUUGAAGAAUUUGAGAAUUCUUAUAUUGCAUCUCAUUGUUGUGGAGAAGAAACUACUUCAAGGUUUGAUUUCUAACUGCGUUUGUCUCGAAGACUUCACCGUUGAUGACUGUGAUUUCAAUUCUAAAUUGAAAAUCAUUAGUCCAACAUUGUCUCAUUUGAAAAUUCUUAAUUGUCGCACUGAGUUUAUGACUGCCAUUGAUAUCAUUGCACCAAAUCUAUCAUCCCUUGAAUAUUCUUGUAAGGGUAAUAGAGUACACCCAAUCAACCUUCAGGUUCAAAUGUUAUCGCGGUUUAGCUAUAGGUGUAGCCAAAUUAUUGGAUUUAUUCCGUUGGAGAGAUUGAAAAAUGUGACAACAAUUGUGUUGGAUGGACUUGAUGAAUGUCUCCAAUCUUUUAUCAUACUGAAUUUGUUUAAAGAAUGUCUCCAACUUGAGGACGUCACCUUUAAAAACUGCUCUAUUACAAAUUUAAUAGAAAUUACCAGUUCAAAGUUAUGUCACUUGAAGAUAAUUCAUUGUUGUUUUGGGGAUUUUGCUCCUUAUAAGAUUUCCGUUAACGCAAUGAACCUCUCAUCCUUUGAAUUUAUUGGUCACACAACGAGUAAAUUUUCGGUUAUGGCACCAAAGUUAUCAAAGGUUUUUUGGAGUGCAGCUAUAAGAGAGAAUAAUCAAAAUGAAUUUGGUCCAAUCCCAAAAUUACAUCAAAUUGAAAAUCUAGCUAUACUCAUGAAUUAUUCACAGGCAGUAAAAUUAACGAAGGUCUUGGAUCAACUUCAAAAUCUCAGACAACUGGAGUUAUUUAUCAACCAACCAUAUGAUUAUAAUAUGGAAUACUUUUCUAUUUUUGAUAUUUUAAUGGCUGCUCGGCAUCUUCAAAAAUUUUCUUUGACGGUUAGAAGAUCAGUAAUGGUUGGUAGAAACAUAGAUCAAAAAAGAAGAAAAUAUGCAACUUUUUUUCACAAUGAUUUGAAAUUUAUUGAGUUACAUGGUUGCGUGUGUACAAAAAAUGCAAUUGAGUUUGCUAGACAUUUGUUGAGAAAUGUGAAUUCACUUAAGAAAAUUACUUUCAGCUCUAAUGACAGUUACUAUUUAGGUGCUGGAAGAUGGACUAAGAGCACAAACAAUAAUUGGUUUUAUCGUAACUUUAUUCAAAAGAGUCUUGAAGAUGAAGUAAAAGGAAAAUGUCAACUUAUAAUUUUGUAG